AUGGCGGCUGAGCCUGACUGGCACUCCAUGGAGAAGGUGACCCCCCUCAGAGCUCUUGACGCUCACAGUGGGCAACUCUGGGUGAAAUUCUCUGAGCAACAUACCUAUCCCGAGGCCCGGCCUGGGAUGCUACCAGUCGAUACUGAAGGACCAAUGCGAAGAUCGCCUGACUGGCAAAGCGGUUCCCGAGGUAGUCAGGCUGCAGGCUGGUACAGACACAUGAUGCCGAGUCACACCACCGAUUGCUGCGGGCCGCCCAAAGCUUAUGCACACCUCCAAAUCACUACCACAAAUGGCUCUUACUACUAG